AUGGUGGAUCACGGUCGAGACGUCCUCGUGCACGUCAAGGAUCAAGGGACCUGGGUAAAGGAACUCUACCUGUCGCUCGACGAGGACGAGCAGAAGGAUGUGCUGCUCGAAAUCGGCCGCUUGUCCAGGGUGAGCGCGACUACCGCAACAAAGCAGCCGCAGAGCUCACGCCGCCCGUUCUGCCGCAACAUGAUCGCCGCGGCAUGGGGCGAGGAGCGCGUUGGAAUGAUCGAGGAGGAGCACCGCGCCCUGUUCGAAGUAAUACGAAAUUCGGCUCCCAUCAAGAACAUUUUCGACGAUAACAUCUACAAGACCAUGUUCAACAAUGCUUGGGACAACCUGCCCACCCAGCCCACCCUGGACCAUCUGCGCGCAUUUUGCGGCGGCCUUCGCCAACACCACGUCCAUAGAACCAAGCAGCUUGCCACGAUCAGCGAGAUGCUCGGCCUGAUCGCACAGCGGGAUGCCGACUAA